AGUCCAAAUUAAAAGGCUGCUAGGAAAUGAUAAUAUACCGCUUUGUUUGAUGGAUUCUAUCCGCACCCAUCCACACCACUAACCUUAGCUCUAUAUAUAGAUAGUCCAUAACACUUGAACCACCACCAAUCCAAAUUAAGCCCCUAGCAGCUAGCUCAAUCAUGUAUUCUUCCACCGGACAACCUCAACAGCCCAUUAGCCAGUGGUCCACCGGCCUUUGCGACUGCGGCAAAGAUUCCUCCAGUUGUUGCUUGACGUGUUGGUGCCCGUGUAUCACGUUUGGACGAAUUGGUGAGAUCGUCGACAAGGGAACUACUUCGUGCGGUGUACACGGGGCCCUUUAUUCGCUACUUUGUCUACUCACCGGAUGCCAGUGCAUAUAUUCAUGUAUGUUUCGCUCUAAACUAAGGAAACAAUACAUGCUGCCUGAGCAACCUUGCAACGACUGCCUUGUCCAUUGUUGUUGUGAGUGGUGCGCUCUUUGCCAGGAGUAUCGUGAGCUUAAGCAUCGUGGAUUCGAACCAUCUCUUGGAUGGGAGGGAAAUCUCGCGAGGCAGAAUCAAGGAGUAGUGAUGCCGCCGGUUGGUCCUAAAGAAAUGACACGUUGAUUAUGUUACGAGCCAAAGAAAGCUCAUAUAGUUUUACCUUGUGUGCUCUUAUAUAAGUCAUGUCAAUAGUCGUACAAUAUGGUUUUUUUUUUUAUGUUUGAAAUAAAUUAUAUGUAAUUAUAAUUAUACAUCUGAAUAACUAUAAUAUCAAUUUUUUUUUUUC